CGUGGGCGAUUUCUUAUCAGUGUGGGGCUACAUGUAGAUCGUUUUUGAAAUUCGACAAAGUUGUCAACGACCAACGUGUAGAAUGGAUUGGUUGUAUUUCGUCUUCGUCCUGACUUUAGCGACCCGUGGUACUGCGGAGGAGAGUCCGGUAGAAAAGGCAGGGACGUACACCAGCCAAGCCGAUGUGAGAAAUGGCGACAGGACAGCGUCAUCGAACGCGCCGCUGAGACACUUUGUGGAAUCUUUGAUGGAGCGGGUCGAACUUCAGGAGAUAAGACUACAACAGAUGGAGAAGACUAUCGAGGAAAACAUAGAGGAUUUGAAGCGUAAGGACAUCCGAAUAGGUCAUCUGGAACGAGAACUUGAUGAAAUAAAAACAGCGUCAUAUCAAAUCCAGCCUCCUGUGGAUGAACGUCAGCAGUCCGAGGCUCAAGACCACGACAUCAAUCCCGAUUCACCCCUAGAACAGACCAAGAGUAAAAUCAAUGGUAUCACAUCUAGACAGAAAACAAAAGAUGAGCAACCUCGAAGGUCCGCUAGGGUGUCACCAGCUAACUCCGGAGAAGUUGGAGCCUUUAGCGUUUCCUUAAGCAAGAAUCAGGAUUUACAUCCUAAUUUUGUUUUGACGUUUGACGAAGUUCUCCUGGACAUCGGAGGUAACUACAACAAGGCAGAUGGAGUAUACAUUGUUCCGGUUAGCGGUGUGUAUGUAUUCACCUGGAUUACGACAGGAGAAUCAACAGCUAACGUUGUUACAGAGCUGGUAAUUAACGGCUCACCGCGGGGUAGAAUUUUUUCUGACCCGGAUGCCGCUCAUUGGGAUAGUAGCACCGGUUUGAUUGUGACGUCAGCCAGUGUUGGAGAUCACGUGUUUAUCAGGUCUAAAUACUCAGGCAACUUACACAGUGACAACAUCUACAGCAAUGCGAUGUUCUCGGGAUGGCGAUUAUCGUAGAUGCAGUAGCACUAGUCGAGAUAUAUGGUAUUUCUGAGAGGAUAUAGGUUCAGAAAUGCAAUUCCUUCCUGUUAUAUUUCUCCUUAAAAUAAUAGAAAUAUCACUUUCUCUGUUAAAUGCAAUGUUGAUAUUUUUAUUUCUUUAUUUCCUAAUUUUACAAGAACAUAUAUACAAGUAUCAGGUUAA